UAGAUCUGGCUGCUGAACUUGAUCUUCCCCCGCCCCUAUAUAAGCAGCAGGUCAUAAGGUUGGUUACUUUGAGUUCGGCACUUUGGCGAGUACCUUGCAUCAUGAGCUGUGUAGUUGUAUUGGCAGCAUUGAUUGGCACUGCCUUGGCAGCGCCACAAGUGGCAGUUAAACCUGCUCCCUACCAGGCUUACCAACCCUUGCAGUAUUCAAGUCCCUUCAAUACCCCGUAUUCCCCGGCCUACAAACCAGUGCCCUACGCUGCAGCUAUCCCAGCUACCCCGGUCUACAAACAAGUGCAAGGCUACGCCAACCCCGCUUACGUUAAGCCAGCUCAGCCCUACGCGGCCCCAGCGUACAACUACAACCCCCAAGUGGCGUACAACCCUCAGUACUCCUCAGCUUACGGGAGACCUAUCGCCAUCGUUCGACAGUCUCAGGAUGACAACUUUGACGGCUCUUUCACCUACGAUUUUGAGGCUGAAAACGGAAUCUCUUCCCAGGCCAGUGGAUACCUUAAGAACCCGGGAACAGAGGUUGAGUCUCAGGUGAUCCAAGGACAGUUCGCAUACACCUCCCCAGAUGGCACCCCUAUCGUCACCCGGUACUACGCCGAUGAGACCGGAUUCCACGCUGAGGGUUCUCACAUCCCUGCUGCCCCAUCGGACCCCUACAGGACUGCUUAGUUCCCCUACUGUCCAGAACUUCCUUCCACUAAAUUUCAGUAGUGUAAAUACAGGGUAGUUCUCUUUCAAAUAAAUAGUGUUUCUAGUUCUUUCUAA